AUGUCGACCAGGGCAGAUGCUAGAAAAAUUAAAUAUGAUGUACAAGAUGUAAUUGCCAAGACUAUUACAGUUGAUCAAUCAGGCUAUGGGGAUUUCAUCACUAUCCAAAAAGCCAUCGAUUCUAUUCCAUCAAAGAAUUCGGUAUGGAUACAUAUCCAUGUUAAAGCCGGUAUCUACAAUGAAAAGUUAAAGAUCCCUAGAGACAAACCCAGAAUUCUUCUUGGAGGAGAGUCGAGAAGAUCAACUGUUGUCCAGUUUGGAGAUGGGGGUACCUCUAUUGAAAGUUCUACUUUUUCAUUAGAUGCCGAAGAAUUCCUUGCCAUGGAUAUAACAUUCAAGAAUACUCAUAACCUUCAACCUGGAAAUCCCAUUACAUGGGCACCGGCAGCUCUGAUCAAUGCAGACAAGGCAGCAUUUUAUCGAUGCGGAUUCAUAGGCGUACACGACACAUUAACGGACUCACAAGGUAGACACUACUUUGAAAAUUGCUACAUUGAAGGUGCUAUGGAUUUCAUCUGGGGUAAUGGCAGAUCAAUCUAUCAGAGAUGCAUUCUAAACGCAACAGCAUCACUUCUAGGUAGAGGCAGGACUGCUUACAUCACUGCUCAAGCUCGAGACAGCACGACUGAUGCUAGUGGUUUUGUGUUCAAAUACUGUUCAGUUUUUGGAACCGGUCCUGCGUAUCUUGGAAGAGCAUUUAGACAAUAUGCUAGAGUGUUGUUUUAUCAGACACAGAUGGCCGACAUCAUUGUUCCAGAGGGUUGGUCAGCAUGGAAUAAUGUUGGUAAAGAAGAUUCUAUAGUUUAUGCAGAGGUAGAUUGUGAAGGGCCUGGAGCAGACAAGUCCAAGCGUGUGCCAUGGGAGAAGAACCUGUCACCGCAGGAUUUGAGCUAUUUAAUUAAUGUUGACAGUUUCAUAAACGAAGGAGGAUGGAUCCAAAGACAACCUACGAUCCACCCUCGAACAUGCUAA